AUGGCGCGAAAGAUCCCCCUCGAUGUUUUGUCAGCAGGUGUCACCGACGCUCUCGCCGAGACGGCAAUUCUGAGAGACCAGUGCAAGAGCCAAGAGAAAGAGAUUAAGAGCCUGAACGACCACAAGUUGGAGUCUGAGAUCGAGAUAGAGUUUCUCAGAGAGCUACGAGAGAUCUUCGAGAAGAAGAUGACAGAAAAGGACGCCGAAAUUCACCUCAUCGCAGCUAAGCAAGACAUCAAAACCCUGGAGGCGAAACACGAGUCCUCUCAACAACGCAUCAAGAACCUGGAAGAAGACGUUCUGAGCUACCGAAAGCAGAUCGAGAAACUGGUCAUAGUCAUCCGCAACAAGACGCGCAAGGCUCUUGUUUCCAGCAUCGCCAUCAAAUCAGCUUACAAGAUCGUACCGUCUCUCAAGGAUCAAGCCACGAUUCAACGUCUACACUCCCUGUCAGAGAAAGCAACCUCGCCCCGAUGGGUUGAGAAGGAUGUUGAUUCGGUGCUGAAGGAGGCCGGUGUUGUUCAGACCAACGAAACAAACAACUCGCUGCGGACACCCGCGUUGACGCCCAGCCACGAGACGAUCGAUGAUGGCGAGAGACGACGCCUCAAAAGAAAGAGACACGAAUGA